AUGGCCGCCACAGCAAUUCUGCCUGAAGGCGUGGCAGCCACUACCAAGGUCUUCCACCGCAAGCUGAACCACGAGCCGCUCUUUAUCGACCGAGCGGAAGGUGUAUACCUCUACGAAGCCAAGACGGGUCGCAAGAUCCUGGACGGGUGCGGAGGCGCUGCAGUCGUCAGUGUCGGCCAUGCGGUCCCAGAGAUCGUCAAGGCGGUAUCGGAGCAGAUAGGGCGAUUGCCCUAUAUCAGCUCGGCGACUUUUGCGCACCAGGAAGCUGAAGAGCUUGCGGAGAUGUUCUGUAUCGAUUCGGGCAUGUCCAGAGCGCUGUUUCUCACGGGCGGGAGCGAGGCGGCAGAGUCUGCCAUCAAGCUGUGUCGGCAGUAUCACGUUGAAAAUGGAGAAUCAGAACGGGUCAACUACAUCGCUCGGCAGAAGUCAUACCACGGAACUACCCUGGCUACUCUGAGCCUCGGUCGCCAUGGGCGCCGGCGAGCGCACUUUGAGCCUCUAUUCGCCGAUGUCUUCCAUGAGGUCUCUCCGUGCUACGCAUAUCGCCACAAACUCGACCAGGAAUCGGACGAGCAGUAUGUUGCACGGCUGGGCGGAGAGCUUGACGCCAAAUUCCAAGAGCUGGGUCCCGGAACUGUGUCUGCCUUCUUCAUGGAGCCCGUGGUGGGCGCUACGACAGGCUGCGUUCCUUUCGUUCCGGGAUACAUGAAAAUGAUGCGGGACGUUUGCGACCGCCACGGAGCGCUUCUGGUCUUUGACGAGAUCAUGUGCGGCUUCGGACGAACGGGCAAGCUCCACGCGUGGCAAUGGGAAGACUGCCAGCCCGACGUCCAGAUCCUCGGCAAAGGCGUCAACGGCGGGUACUCACCGCUGUCCGUCGUACUGAUGAACGAGAAAGUUGUGGAUGUCUUCCGCAAGGGUAGUGGGGCGUUCAUGAACGGGUACACCUAUCAGUCAUCCGGCGUAGGAUGCCGGGCUGCGCUUGAAUGCUACAAGUACAUCAAGAAGCACAACUUGGUGGAACAAUGCCACGAGCGCGGUCUCUUGCUCGAGAAGCUGCUGAAUGAGAAGAUCCUCCCGCAUCCUAACGUAGGGGAUGUCCGCGGCAAAGGUCUCUUCUGGGGAGUUGAGCUCAUCAAGAACAAAGCAACCAAGGAGCCCUUCCCUGCCGACCAUCCCGUGGCCGAUCUCAUCACAGCCGAGGCGAUCCGCAUUGGUGCGGUCGUGUACCCCGGCAUGAAGGGAGCAGCGGACGGCGUGCUCGGGGACCACGUUAUGCUCUGCCCGCCAUAUACGAUCAGCGAGGAUGAGCUGGAGUAUCUGGUUGACGUGCUGGUUGAAUCAAUCAAGGCGGUUCUUGGGUGA